AUGAGUGCUCCCCAAGAGAGAGUCCGGGAACGGAGGAAGCUGAGGGCCAAGCGGGAGAGGCUUCCCGGGCAUCCUUCCGGCCACCUUUGUCUCGCUUCCAUUGCUCUCUCUCGUCUCUCUCCUGUUUCCAUCUCUGGCUUUCAGCUCUUCCCCUUUCGGUUCAGGUCUCUUUUUCUCGGUUUCCCUCCCCAGAGAGACUAUUUUUGUCCCUGCCUCUCCCCUCCUUUUGGGCUCUUGCUCACAGUUCUCUCAACGUCUCCCCCUUCCGAUGUCUCUUUGUCUUCACCCUCGUUCAUCUCGCAGCUGGCCGGUCCAGCCGAGCGGCGGAUGUGUGAGGGGAGUGAUUCAGAAGGUGACAGGAAGCCAGCAGCCUGCCUGCCAUCCUUGUGUGUUGGUGACAGCAGAGAGAGCAGGGAGCCAGAGAAGUGGGCCUCCCAGAGUGAGGGCAGCUGUCGGGCUCCUAGGCAGAAGACGCCCAGAGACAUGGAUCAUACCGAGCUGCUUGGGGCCGGAGCCUCCCUUCUGCUCCUUGGGGCUGUGGCGGGCAUGUGCGUGUGGUGUCCCCGCUUAGGCACGAGGAGGUCCAAGCAGAUCUUUUAUGAGCAGAGGGAUGAGGGACGGCAGAGUUUUGCAGUGGCCCGGACCUUUUCUAUAGCGGGUAUGGUCCCCGAGACGGCCGAAUACUCCACCAUUCAGUGCCCCGAGCCCAGGAAGGACAAGUGGCUGUACUCCAUGGCUGAGGCAGAAGAUCCUGACAUCACCAGGUAUCAGAACCUCAGGAAAGGAAGCAGAAGAGAAUCAGAGCCCUCCUAUGUAGAUCCCAUUUCAACAGAUUAUUAUAACCUUGGGCAGCUCCCGAAGCAACUAAAAGACGAUGACGACACGAUCUCCUACGAGAACAUCCUGAUCUGCAAACCCAUGGAGGAAGUGGAGGAAGUGGCGGAUUAUCAGAACUCCUGUUCCAUCGAGCAGUGGAGACAGUCGGUGAAAGUGGAGAGCGCGCGCCUCUCGCUCGGAAGCCCAGAGGACGACUCCAGCGAGCCAGAUUAUGUGAAUGGAGAUGUGGGCUUCAUGCAGUAAGAAGGGAGAGAACCUGUCUUUGGGAAGUCCCGGCCUGCCCGACCCUCCCCACCCAUCCCAGCCAAGUCUCAGAGGAAGGACAUCCCUCCCAUCUCACCCAGGAGCCGCUGCCCUCGCCCUACCCCCCCCAGAGUGGUUCCACUUGGACAAAGCCCCUGUGAUCGGCAGGCGGCGGCCCCAGGACACUAUAGACGGGACCCAUGGCCCCGCCGGCCAGGAAGUUCAUCCUCCAUGGGCUGGGGAGGCUUGGGCAGUGAAGGAGGCCACAAAACUCCUGGUAUCUCCCCCACUGCGGGGCCAAAGGACUGCUUUUCAUCGCCCUCAGUUCUGUCUUGUUUGCUACCAGUCAGAAGGAGGGCCUUUUCCCAGCAGUACAGGGGAAGGAGCCCUAGAUUUGUGAGCAAAAGGCCUGGGUUCCAGUUCCACCCUUUGCUUCCUGACCUGUGUACCUUUUAGGCAGGUUUCUUCAACUCACUGGAUCUGUUUUCUCAUCUGCAAAAUGGGGGUUUGGACUGAACAGCCUCCAAGACCUUCCCAGCCCUAAACUUCUGAUCUGGUGAAGAACAUCCCUCCUGACGGGGCCAGAAGGCAGGCCCCGAGGCCCUUCCUCGGUCCUGGGAGUCUGGGUCCAGUGGGCCGAGCUUUUACUUCAUGCUGUUAUUUAUGGAGGUGGGCCUGUACUUUAUAUUGUAAUGACCUGGAGGCUUUACCUCUAAUAAAGCAUUACAGUCUUCUGUUCUCUAGUAUAUAACAGUGGCGAACGCGCCGGUUCCCUCCGUGUCCCCAUGGGGUCUGCUGGCUCCCGGACGGGCCCACUGGCUCUAAACAGGAGUUGGACCCCGGCCUGGUUGCUCCCUACCUCCCCCGGUGACUUCUUUAUGGAGGACAUCCCGAGUGUCAGGGAGGCCUGGGACCAUCCAGGUGGUUCCAGUCAGUCAGAGACCCUCCCCUUCUGUCCAGGGAACAGGCUGGCAGCAGAGCCCAGGCCUUCAGACCACUAGUCUACUGCAUGCUACUGUGGCCCCUCAGGAACUGGGCCCUUGUUGCUUCUGGAGGGACCAAAAAUGAUGCUGGCAAAGUGUCAGAGCCCAGUUCCUGCAGUGAGCGACGGGUUACUCGGGGUAGGCGGAGGAGGCCAGAUUAUGGACUCUCCCGUUUAUUAAUCAGGACCAUGAAUAAAUAAAACUCAAAUGCU